UCCUCUUCCGGAUUAUUUCAGUAUUCUUUAGCUUGUGUCAGUUAUGGCUUGUAAACAGUGUUUUUAACUCGAUCCCUUUUGAAUGCACACGCCAGGGUUGUCCUUUAUUGUUUCCGACGCUUGUCUCCAGUUAACAGCACACUGAUCCGUGCACGCUAAACCAUGGCUGCAGUAGAUAGUUUCUACCUGUUGUAUCGAGAAAUUGUCCGCUCGUGUAACUGCUAUGUGGAAACGCUGGCGCUGGUGGGUGCGUUUUACACUGCGAGCAAGGCAGUCGGCGUCGCGAGGGACUGUUACAACCUCGUCAGGUUACACUUCAUCCCCAGAUUUAUCAGUCGACCUAAUCUUGUCAGCCAAUACGGAAGAUGGGCAGUUGUCUUGGGAGGAACAGAGGCUAUUGGAAAAGCUUAUGCAGCAGAACUGGCAAAGCGAGGCCUAAACAUUAUCCUUAUUGGUCAGGACAGGAGCAAGUUGGAGGAUACUGCCAAAACCAUUGCAGAGACCUAUGGGGUGGAGACUACCAUCAUUGAAGCUGACUUCAGCCAGGGGAAAGAAGUCUGCAAACCUAUCAAGCAAGCUGUUACUAGCAAGGAAAUUGGCAUAUUAGUUAAUGAUAUUGGAGUUUCUUAUGAAAGACCUCACUAUUUUACAGAGCUGUCUGAAGUAAGACUUUGGGAUAUUAUUAACCGAAAUAUAACAGCAGCAAGCUUGAUGGUGCAUCUUGUGCUACCAGGAAUGGUGGAAAGAAAGAAGGGUGCAAUUGUAAACAUCUCUUCUGGUUGUUGUUGUAAACCAACACCUAAGAUGGCUGCAUACUCUGCCUCCAAGGCUUAUUUGGAUCAUUUUAGUCGUGCACUGCAUUAUGAAUAUGCAUCUAAAGGAAUAUUUAUACAGAGUCUAGUUCCAUUUUCUAUUGGUACUGAAUCAUCUGAUUGCGUUGGCUUGAUGAAUAUUAGCUCUUGGCUUGCACCAUCUCCACGGGUUUAUGCACAGCAUGCAGUGUCUACUCUUGGUAUAUCGCACCGAACCACAGGAUAUUGGCCCCAUUCCAUUCAGUUUUGCUUUGCCCAGUACAUGCCUGAAUGGAUGUGGGGGUAUGGCUCCAAUAUCUUGUACAAACAAUAUGCAAUAAAAGAACAAGCUGCAUAAAUUAGCAGUGUAUUCUUGAUAUUAACUAACCACAACUGUGAAUUCCAUAACAAACAUCUGGUAUUCUUAAUAACUUGAAAUUGAUGUAUUUCAGGUGUUCUUUUGUUAUUGUGUGAAAGAAGUUUAUAUUCAGAAAAAAAUGUAACUUAACAGUGGAAUUCCUUUUUGUUUUUGUGGCUUAGUUUUGAUACAGCCUUAAAUUGUUUUGAAACUGCACAUUCAUAGCACAUUUGCACUUGAACUAUUUACAUGUUUUUACAAGCCACGAAACAAAUGUUAGUUAUAUUAGAAUUGAAAUUUGUGGCUUAGUAUUGGUUUUUACAUGAUGAGUGAGCAGAUUAUAAUAUAUUUUAAAUGUGUUUGGUGACAAGCUUCACUUUAAUAGUCAUUUUCCCAGGUUAGCCAGUCACACCCUGAAUUUACAUUCUUAUACCUCUCAUUAAAGGGUCUGAGGGCACAGCCUUUCCUAAACUCAGGCCUUAGGGACAGUAUAAAAGGUAAACAUGUAUCAUUUCAUUUAAAGCCUCAUUAAGAGUGAGUCAACUGUAAAUACAAGGUAAUGUAAGUAAAAUGUAAUGUCAAAAAAGUAAAAGUAAUAUCUCCAUCUUGUUUUAAAUUAUAGUUGUUUCCUCCUUGUUUUUUUAUGGAAUAUAUGUACAGUUUGUAAUUUUGCUUUCAUGCACUGUUUCUCAAAUGUAUUUUGAUCUAACCAAAUACUUAUGAGGAUGUAGUGGGGGGCAGUGGUUAACUUCACCAUGGAAAUUGUAAGAAAGAAUACACUGUACAUGUAAUAUAGGUCUGGUCAUGCCCACUUUAGACAUACUGGCUCACAGACCCUGCCCCACCCAAAUAUUGUUCUGUAAGUAAAGUCAGGUGUUCUCAAACAAGUCAGGUGUUCUCAACAUUUUUGUUUAAAAAAAAAUGCACUAAUCAGACAGAAGCUGUCUUUAAUAAAAAUAUAUUUUUUGACUAAUAGAUUUUGUUUUAACUGAUAACACUAAUCACUUAUGUUUAUGCAUUUUAAAUUCAUAGGAUAUGUCAUUUUUUCAUGUUAAGAAAUAUAUGUGUUUGUUAGAUUUUAUACCAUUAUUUUUUCCUAAGGAUUUUUUUAGGAUUUUUUUUAAUAAUAUAAACAUAAACAGGUUCAAUGUGACAGAGUAGACCUUGUCCUCUGUUACAUAAACAUAUUGUAUUCAUCACAAGUUAAAUAUGCGUUUCAUCUGUGUGCAUGAGAUGAAUCUAAUGAGAAAAUAUAAUUGAAGAAGUGUUAGCAGAGCAGAAGUCUAGCAGUUAAUUCAAAAGCUGACAAAUACAAACACAAAGACUGAAAUAUUCUGUUUGUACACUAAAUGGUUUACCAGCAACUUGCAUCUAUGUUAAGUGAACUAUAAAGACUGUAAUUAGCCAAGUUGCAUUAUAUGAAAGCUAGCAGAUAUGUGAAUUCCCUUAUUGAUAAUAUUAAAAAAUUCCCUCCUGUGAAUGCAAAAGAAAUAAGAAUAUUUACAAGGCAAAACCGUUUAUUGAAUGUUUUUCAUAAGCAGAAACUGCUUACAAGGAUAAUUUAUUGUUUAAAGUCUUUUUGGUGUUGAAUACUGAAAUACUACUAAGUAUUUUAUAUGUAAUCUGUUUUUGUUUAGUGGCCUAAUUAAAUAGAUCAUCAUUACAAAUAUGUCUUUAAGAGUCAUAGAGUGAAAAUUACAAAGAAAAAUCAUCACUUUGGAGGCUGUUGCAUAUGGGCAUUUUUGUAACAUCACCCUCACAAACGCCUAACAGAAAGCUGAUGAUUAGAAAAUAAAGUCUAUGCUAGCUUUUGUCAUUGGUACUGUAAUAAAUGUGUCUUAUGCAAAAUAGAAUAAAUAAUUUCAUACUGAGCAGAAAUGUCUGAAUAAAAAUUCAGAGCUGUUGUAGUAGAUGUUAAAAUAUUUGAUGUUCCUGAAAAGACAGAAUGAGCAACAAAUAUAAAAACUUAUGUAUAAAAAGUAUGUAUAUGUACAAACAUUUAAAAUUGAAUAAUAUGAAUGACUAGGUGUUUUUUGAAGUGGUAUAAUUUUUUUUCAUUUUUUCCAGUUUUUA